AGCACCGAGGUCAGGUCUUAGAGAGAGAGAGAGAGAGAGAGACGAUCAUGGCAGCUCAGACCGACAAGAUGGCCGUCCCCACCGACGCUGAGCUGCUCCAGGCCCAGGCCGACCUGUGGCGCCACACCUUGUGCUACCUCACGCCCAUGGCGCUCCGGUGCGCCGUCGAGCUAGGCAUCCCCACGGCCAUCCAUGGCCUCGGCGGCGCCGCGUCGCCCCACGACCUGAUCGCCGCGCUGUCACUGCCCCCGUCCAAGCUGUCGUUCCUCGGCCGCCUGCUGUAUCAGCUGGCCACGGCAGGCGUCUUCGACACCACCGACGCGGGGACGACGUACCGCCUCAACCCGAUAUCGUACCUCCUGGUGGACGGCGUCCACAUCGACGGCGAUGGCUGCCAGACAGCCAUCGUGCGUGUGGCUUCCUCGCGGUACUACGUGGAGGCGGCAUUUGGGCUGGCGGACUGGUUCAGGAAGGACUUUGACGGGCCGGUGCCUUCGCCGUUCGAAGACUUGCACGGCGCGACCAUCUUCGACGACAGCAUGGCGCUCCUGGACCCGGAGAUGGAUAAACUGGUCCACGAGGCCAAGGCUUCCCAUAACCAUAUGGGGAUCGGUCUUGUGCUACGACAGUGCCGUGACCUAUUUCAGGGACUGGAGUCUCUGACUGACUUGUGCGGUGGUGAUGGGACGACGGCGAGGGCCAUCGUCAAGGCCUAUCCGCACAUCAAGUGCACUGUGCUGGACCUGCCAAAGGUCAUCGACAAAGCUCCGGCUGAAGGAGUGGUUAAGUAUGUUGCUGGUGACAUCUUCCAUGUCGUCCCGCCUGCUCAAGCUGUGUUGAUCAAGGUAUUUAUGAAUCUGCCAUCUUCCACCUCGUCCCACAUGCUCAUAUAUUAGGGUUUUCUUAAGUUACACAUUUUAAAG